UAUAGUCCAUACACACAUGACACAUAAAGCACAUUAGAACGUCCACAAACAACCAUCCCAAACAUUCCUUUUUCUUGCUUUUAAACCCACUAGUGAGAGCAAAAAGCUGCUGUUUUUUCUUUUCAAGAAAAUUAUAAUUAUAAUUAUACAAUACCCACCCCUUCCCUUCCCUUCCCUUCCCUUCCCUUCUUCAUCAUCAUCUCCUUCUUCUCCAUCCAUCCAUCCAUGGACACUGCUCAAUGGCCACAGGAGAUAGUGGUGAAACCAAUGGAGGAAAUAGUGGGAACAAGUAGUGGCUCAAACAAUAACUCAUCAUCAUCAAGUAAACCAUCUUCUUCUUCUUGUGGGGAGAGAAAAAUUAGGCCCCAGAAAGAGCAGGCUGUGAACUGUCCCAGGUGCAACUCUACUAACACUAAGUUCUGUUACUACAACAAUUACAGCCUGUCUCAGCCCAGGUAUUUCUGCAAGACUUGCCGGAGGUAUUGGACGGAAGGGGGAUCUUUGAGGAAUAUUCCGGUGGGGGGUGGUUCCAGGAAGAACAAAAGAUCUUCUUCUUCUUCUGUUUCUUCUGUUUCUGUUUCUGUUUCUUCUGCAAAUAAUAAUGGUGGUUUAGCAGUGAAGAAGUUGCCUGAUCUGGUGCCACCUGUCCCCCCAAUUCUCCAUCAUCACCAUCAUCUUCUCCAUCAACAACAACAACAAAACCCUAGCAAGAUCCAUGAGAAUCAUCAUCAUCAUCAAGAUCUCAACUUGGGGUUUUCCCAGCAUCAAGAUUUCAAGACUAUUAGUGAACUGAUCCAGGUGCCAAACUACGAGAGCAAAGAUGGGGGGAAUGAUCCUCACCGUCCAUCUUCAUCAUCACCACCAUCCACUGCCACUCAUCAUCAUCACCUCUCAGCUCUGGAGCUCUUGACUGGAAUGACUACUGCUGCCACGUCAUCAUCAAGAGGGCUUAUGAGUUCUUUCAUUCCCAUGCCCCCCAUUCCUGACCCUAAUAAUAAUUACUCCUCUUUCCCUCUCCCCGAAUUCAAGCCUUCCCUAAACUUCUCCCUGGAUGGGAUUGGGAAUAAUAAUGGCGCCUAUGGGAAUCACCACCAUCUUCAAGGCAUGCAAGAGACGGCCACCGCUAGCGGCGGCGGCGGAAGGCUUUUCUUUCCUUUUGAAGAUUUGAAAAGCACCGCCGCACCAGACGGCGGCGAGCAAGAGAGAGACAGUAACAACCCGGCUGGGGAAUCAACCGGCGGCCAUGGAUUUUGGAAUGGAGUCUUGGGAGCUGGAGGGGGUUCAUGGUAAUUAAUUAAGAAAAUAUAUUUAAUUUUUCUUUCUUUUUUUUGGGAAGGGGAAUUUUUUUUCACUGUUUUUAUCUUAAUGGUGGGUGACUUGUUUGGAUUUCUUGGAAGAAAAAAAAAAAAAAAACUAACGUAUAGGAAACAAUGAAGCUAAGGGGUUUUCUUUUCUCUACUACUACUAUAUAUACCACCUCUAUCUAGCUAGCUCCUUCCUUAUUCAUUCCUGAUGAUCACUAUUAUUACACAUUUUGGGUGUGCUUGGGUGUUAGAAAAUUAUUGGUUUUAGGCAAUAUUGAAGAGUGAUAGAAGAAGAAAAAAAAGCCCAGAAUUUUUAUUGGGGCACUGAUCUGAGUUAUGAAAGAAAAUUAUACAUGUUAUUACAGAGAGGGGGAUAUAUAUAUUUCAUGACUUGUGUGUAUAUAUAUAUGAUCCCUCUCUGCAUUUUACUAUGUGAUUCUUCAUUCUAUCACACAAAAAAAUUGAAGGCAGAAAGAUCCUUAUUAUCUAUAUGUGGUUGGUUGGUUGGGUUGAUACUUCAAUUCAAUAAUGUAUGUAUAAUCUGUAAGCUCGCUACCUAGCUAGAUCCAUGUUUGUACUUGUACUGAGUUGUAUUAAUUGACUGUAUUUUAGUUCUUUUCUUUUAGGUUUGCAAAUAUGGUUUUAUAUAUAUAAUUCACUGCAAUAUAUUUCCCA